UAUUUUUUUUUACAACCUUGUUCUCCUUCCAACAUGUCCAACGACGAGCGUGCAGUUUUCCAAGCCGAAGUGGCCGCUGUAGAAGAGUGGUUCAGAAAUGCUCGGUUUGCAAGGGUGAAGCGACCAUACACGGCGGCGCAGGUAGUUGCAAAGAGAGGGACAAUCCCCAUCAAGUACCCGUCCGACAUUCAGGGUAAGAAAUUAUUCGCCCUCCUCUCGCAACACGCGAAGAAUGGCACACCGUCACAUACCUAUGGAGCACUUGACCCCGUCCAGGUGACGCAGAUGGCAAAAUAUUUGGAGACCGUCUAUGUGUCUGGUUGGCAGUCGUCCUCCACGGCCUCCAGCACUAACGAGCCUGGUCCUGAUCUCGCUGAUUAUCCUUCCAACACCGUGCCCAACAAGGUCGAACACCUUUUCAUGGCACAGUUGUUCCACGAUCGGAAGCAGCGUGAAGAACGGUCUAACAUGUCAGAGUCUGAGCUCGCCUCCACCCCGUAUUUCGAUUACCUUCGUCCAAUCAUUGCCGACGCCGACACUGGCCAUGGUGGUCUCACCGCUGUCAUGAAACUCGCCAAGAUGUUUGUCGAGAAGGGAGCAGCAGGUAUCCACAUCGAGGACCAAGCACCUGGAACCAAAAAAUGUGGACACAUGGCUGGCAAAGUGCUCGUACCUAUCUCAGAGCACAUCAACCGACUCGUAGCCAUCCGCCUCCAGUUUGAUAUCAUGGGUGUGGAGAACCUUGUCGUCUCCCGCACGGACUCGGAGGCCGCUACACUCAUCACGUCAAACAUCGACGACCGGGACCAUCCCUUCAUCCUUGGGUGUACGAACUCGUCCCUCCCACCCCUGGUCAAAGUGAUGAAUGAUGCUGAGAAGAUGGGGAAAUCUGGAGAUCAACUUCAGGCGGUCGAAGACGCAUGGAUUGCUUCUGCGAAUCUACAACUUUUCUCCCAAACGUUGGCUGGUGCACUCAGCAAUCAAGGUGUCCAGAAGGCUGCUGUCGAUAGGUUCCUAGCACGCGUCAGCCAUGCGUCGUGCCCGGAUGCGCUAUCUAUCGCUCAAGAGGAAUUUGGAUUGAGGAAUGUUCCUCACUGGGAUUGGGACGUACCAAGGACCCGCGAAGGCUAUUACCGUUACCAGGGUGGUACGCAGUGUGCCAUCGUUCGCUCUAUCGAGUACGCACCCUAUGCGGAUGCUUUGUGGAUGGAAACCAAGAAGCCGAUCCUGGCGCAGGCUCGCGAGUUCGCGCAAGGUGUUCAUACGGUACGACCUGGACACUGGCUGGCUUAUAAUCUGAGUCCAUCCUUCAAUUGGGAAGCGGCGGGCCUUACCACCAAGGACAUGAAAGACUAUAUCUGGGAGUUAGGAAAGCUAGGUUUCUGCUGGCAGUUCAUCACACUCGGUGGUCUUCACUCUAAUGCCUAUAUCAGCGAUCUCUUUGCCCGCGCAUUUGCUACAGAAGGGAUGAAGGCAUAUGUGGAACUAAUCCAAAAGAAGGAGCGCGAGAUUGGAUGCGAUGUUCUGACGCACCAAAAGUGGAGUGGUGCGGACUACGCGGACAAUCUGAUCAAAACUGUUACGGGCGGUGUCUCGUCGACAGCAGCUAUGGGCAAGGGCGUUACUGAGGACCAGUUCAGGGCGAAGCUGUAA